GCUCCGCCGGCGGCGCUGGUCUGUCCCCAGUUGGCGUGGUUUUGUACCCUACGUCUCCGUUUCGGCCGGCGCCACGGCUUUGCCCGCGUCUUUUAUGCCGAAAAAGAAGUUUUUAGCUUGUCUUUUAUUUUUCAAAUCCCGAUGUAGAGUAAGAAAUUGAAAGACAGGCCGGGUUUAGUCUCCUGCCCCUUGCGGAGACUGUCCCAAGGGCUUUCCUCCACCGUCAGCAAGUUUGUUGGCGGCAACUGUCGCCCCCAUUUUACGGACGCGGAAUUCGGGUGACCGGGGAUGGACAAGGAGACGCGCGUGUUCGCCGAGAAGCACUUCCAAGACCUUCGGGAUCGUCUGCCAGUCGCAGUCAGCCGGACCCCAGACUGCGUGGACUUCAUCGAGAACCCCGACGCCUUCUCCUACAAGGACUUCUUUAAGGGCUACUUACUUCCCAAUGUGCCCUGUGUUUUCUCCAGAGCCUUCACCGAGGACUGGGGCAGCAGGAAGUGCUGGGUGACGCCCGAUGGGAAGCCCGACUUUGAUUAUCUGCUUCAGACUUACGGUGACGUGGUUGUACCUGUGGCAAACUGCGGUGUUCAGGAAUACAACUCCAAUCCCAAAGAACACAUGCCCCUCAGAGACUACAUCAAGUACUGGAAAGAGUACAUCCAGGCGGACUACUCCUCUCCCAAAGGCUGUCUGUACCUCAAAGACUGGCACCUGUGCAGGGACUCCUCGGCAGAGGAUGUGUACUCCCUGCCCGUGUACUUCUCAUCAGACUGGCUGAACGAAUACUGGGACGCCAUCAACGUGGAUGACUACCGCUUCGUCUACAUGGGGCCUAGGGGUACCUGGUCGCCAUUCCAUGCCGACAUCUUCCGCUCCUACAGCUGGUCUGUCAACGUCUGCGGGAGGAAAAAGUGGUUCUUGUUUCCACCAGGGCAGGAAGAAGCCCUGCGGGAUUGCCAUGGGAGCCUGCCCUACGACAUGACCUCACCGGCACUCCUUGACGUCCGCCUGCACCCGGCACAUGCUCGCUGCAGCACACCAUUGGAGGUCACCCAGGAAGCAGGCGAGAUGCUGUUCGUACCCAGUGGAUGGCAUCACCAGGUCCACAACCUGGAGGACACCAUCUCUAUAAACCACAACUGGGUCAACGGCUGUAACCUGGCUCCCAUGUGGCACUUCCUGCAGCAGGAGCUCCACGCUGUGCAGCAGGAGAUCAGGGAAUGGAGAGAUGCCAUGCCUGACUGGCACCACCACUGCCAGGUGAUCAUGAAGGCCUGUUCAGGGAUCAACUACGAAGAGUUUUACCAGUUCCUCAAGAUCAUCGCUGAAAGGAGGAUCCUCAUCAUGGCACCUGGGGUGCACACUGAGACGACAGCAGGGGAUGCUGCCAGCACUGGGCUGAGCACCCAGCAGGCUGCUUUUGACGCCAGUCGCAUCGCUGAGGUGUUGGUGUCCUUGAUCGCCAACCCAGACUUCCAGAGAGUGGACACCAGCACCUUCUCCCUGCAGCCGGAGGAGCUCCUGAGGCAACUCGAGGAGGCCAUCACUGCCGUUGCGAGCCUUUAGCGCUCCUCAGGGAGGGCAUGGGGCGUGGACGCAUGGUCCACGCUCCACCUUGAGGCACUGUCAUGGUAGGUGUUGCCUGGUUUCAGGUGCCCCCUCUGUAAAUAAAAGUACUGCCCUCAGAUGUGUAUCUUCCAAGUAUA